AUGUUUAAAACAGCAGCAAUCCCAGUAUUAGUAGUUCUCUGCACAGUUGCUACUACUGCAAACUCCAAGUUCUCGAUCUCGAACCUUAGCAGCCUAUUUAAAAAGAAGUUUAUCUCAGACAGUCCAGUCGUUGGAGCUUCAGGCCCCAAUGAAUUAUUCUCUGAUGCUUCCCCAUUUGUUCUUUAGCAAGCUACAUCAUGGUUUGACAGCCAAUCAGAUUAAUUGUCAUAAGUAGACAAUGAUUGCAUUAAGAUGGCAUUUAAAGACUGUAUUUGCUAAUCAACUGGAGACAACUGCCCUGCAGACAAAUGGGAUACUGUUAACUAAUGCUAUGACAAUUCAAUAGGUCACUAGUAUAUUUCGUCAUAUGAAUUUGGAAAAGGAAAUUAGGCGUUUACUUCAAACACAUUGACAUUCAAGGGUACAAUCACUGUUGGCCCCAGCUAAGCAAUUAAUGCUACAAACACUCUUGAUAAGCCAAUUCGUAUUACUAUUUCAAUAAACGGAGGUACUGAUGGUCUAAAUAUGAUGAAUACUACAGCUGAUAGUAAAGGUAAGCCCAUUAACCUAGAGAAAAUUGACACAUCAAGCGAAAUCAAAUUCACUCUUUAACCAAAGGAGCAUCAAACUAUUGGUCUUUAUGACUGUUCAAAUGGUAGCUCAAACAAAAAGUACGAAAUUAAAGCUGAAAAGGAUGCAAGUCUAUAUGGACUUGUCUCAAGCAUAUUCGUAAUCGUAGCUUCAAUUUCAGCAAUUAUCUUCAUCUGA